AUGCCACAAACCUUAUGCCGUCUUCUGCGGCGCGGUAUCACAGAGCGUGCCACAAUUCUUACAUGUCCUCGCCUCCUUAUCUUCCUUGAAUGCAUUCACUGCCUCUUUAAUCUGUGUGCCCAAAUCGAUACAAUGAAACGCAGCUUCAUGCACCUUCUCCCCACAGCUCUGACAAUACCACCUCAACCUAUCCAGACUGCCCUCCGGCCGCUUCUGCUCCAGGACCACCCCCACCGUAUCCUUGAAUCGCACGGGAUUAUGCGGCGUAUUCGGAGGCAGGAGGAACAUGUCCCCCUCGUGAAUAUGGAUAUCGCGGAAUUGCUGGUCAGCAGGGCCGCCGACGAUCAUGACGGUGACCGAGUCGUUGUACACGCAAUAAUUGUUGAUUGGGGGUUUGAGCAUGUGGGAGUUUUCUGCGACCCUGUUUGCGAGGGACAAAUCCAGGUCAGCGAAUCAUGUUUCUCGGGGGCUGUUCUUUGGGGGUGUCCACCUGCAGGCGGCUGGGUGAAGUGGCGUUGCGAGGUUGCGGCGGAGGUCUUCACCGGCGCGUGCGGUGAGUUUUGCCAGAACCCUUUGGCUGCUUGUAGCAUUCGUCGCAAAGCCAUUGCCGUGAUAUUUGUCGCGCUUCACUCGUUUGGUCGCCUUGUGUGA